UCGUCAGCUGAUGCAGGGGAAACGUCAGUCCGGUUUACUAUCAAACAAAAUGGAUGUGAAUCAGGCAAAACAGGAGCAUCUUUUGGCUCUAAAAGUGAUGCGACUGACAAAACCGACACUGUUCACUAAUAUGCCUGUGACGUGUGAAGACAGAGACCUUCCAGGUGAUCUGUUCAGUCGACUCAUGAGGGAAGAUCCAUCUACUAUUAAAGGGGCGGAGACUUUGAUGCUCGGGGAGAUGCUGACACUACCACAGAAUUUUGGAAAUAUUUUCCUUGGCGAGACCUUCUCCAGUUACAUCAGCGUGCACAAUGACAGCAACCAAGUGGUCAAAGACAUUCUAGUAAAGGCCGACCUGCAGACCAGCUCUCAGAGGUUAAACCUGUCUGCGUCCAACUCGGCCGUCUCAGAGCUCAAACCCGAGUGCUGCAUCGAUGAUGUAAUUCAUCACGAAGUCAAGGAGAUCGGAACACACAUUCUGGUUUGUGCAGUCAGCUACACCACACAGUCUGGGGACAAACUGUACUUUAGGAAGUUUUUCAAAUUUCAGGUUUUGAAGCCUCUGGAUGUGAAGACCAAAUUCUACAAUGCUGAGAGUGACCUCAGUUCUGUGACAGAUGAGGUUUUCCUGGAGGCGCAGAUUCAGAACAUCACCACGUCUCCAAUGUUCAUGGAGAAAGUGUCUCUGGAACCUUCCAUGAUGUACAACGUCUCUGAACUCAACACUGUGACUUCGGGAAAGGAGAGUGAAUCUACCUUCGGGAAGAUGUCGUAUCUACAGCCGAUGGACACACGGCAGUACCUGUACUGCCUGAAGCCUAAGCCGGAGUUUGCUGAGAAGGCUGGGGUGAUUAAAGGCGUGACUGUAAUAGGCAAACUGGACAUUGUUUGGAAAACCAACCUCGGGGAGAGAGGACGUCUACAGACGAGCCAGCUGCAGAGAAUGGCUCCUGGUUACGGGGACGUGCGGCUCUCGCUGGAGUACAUUCCAGACACAGUCAACCUCGAAGAACCUUUUGACAUCACCUGUAAAAUCACUAAUUGCAGUGAGAGAACCAUGGACUUGCUGCUGGAGAUGUGCAAUACCCGGUCAGUGCACUGGUGUGGGGUGUCUGGCAGACAGCUGGGCAAACUGUGCCCCAGUGCCUCGCUCUCCAUCCCCCUUAAACUCCUGUCCUCUGUCCAGGGCCUGCAGAGCAUAUCCGGCCUGAGGCUCACCGAUACCUUCCUAAAAAGAACGUACGAGUAUGAUGACAUCGCCCAGGUGUGUGUGGUGUGCCCUUACCUGAGCCCAGAAAGCUGAAGCUCCGCCUCCUGCACUUUACUGCGCUAUUAUAUAUGCUAUUACAUCUCAAAGGACCAACCUCUGUGCUCCGUCUUACCACUUUUUACAUUUACAUUAUGAAGCGAUCAUGUUUUAGAAUGUUAUUUUAAAAGCCCUUAUCUUGGUUUUAAGUGUGAAUAAAAGAGCUAACUUCUGUAAGUAAAAAUAAAACCACAUAAUGCACACA